UGGCAGUGGCAACGGGUGCGGUGGGCCUUGCACCUUCUGGAUGCUCAUUGCAGAGUGGACCCCAGCGGGACGAUGAGUGCUCGUUCACGUGAUGAGAUUUCUCCCUUCCAGUAUUACCGCCGGUAUUCCGAUCAUUAGUGCCCGAAGGACAUUGUGAUGACGUGGAACGGAGUGUCGCCUCUCGGGUUGUGAUAAUGGUACCAGCAGCUGAUGAGUCAGGAGGGUCGACUGCUGUGCGCCCUGUGACGAAUGCCUAUGGCGAGCAAAGCACUUCCCCCAAACAGCACCGCUCCCUGGACGAAGACAGCCAGAAGGGCCGCAAGAAGAAGCAGAAAAACAACAAGAACUCUAAGGAGAAGGCCAAAAAGCAUGCGCCCUCCGCUGACCCCUCGCAGCUGGACGCUGGCAAGCAGGCCCUUAAGGAGCUGCUGAAGGAGAGACGGAAAACAAAGAAAAGCAAGACCUCCUGCACUUCGCUCCUCAAGCUCUACACGACCAUUUUGGCCGGUCUGAUGAUCAUAGGGGGAUUGUUUACGUUAUUAUUCUUAGUUCCGAUGACCAUUGAUCCUGCGCUCGCGACCCUCACUUACGAGUUCCACCCCAAACCCGUCUUGUGCAUGACCACCUUCGCCGAUUGGGUGUCGGGACAAACGAGUAUAAACUGGUGUUCGUGCACGAUGGGGUGCACCUCGGACAUCUUUAACUGUUCGCAAGUAGUCGUAGUGUACAGAAACUGUAAAAUGACCAAUAGCUCCUCCUCGCCCACCUCCUCCCACACGAGGGGGAACAGGGGGAGUUGUACCGUGUCCAGCAGCUCCUCCUCCAUCGUCAACACGACCUAUAUUGACCCCGACCAUUGGGACGUGUUGAACGCCUCCCUGUACAUAAACGUGAAAGGGUGCGGGUAUCCCCCCGCGGUGAACUGCACCACAUUCUUUGACCACUACGGCGUGCCCGGGCGCCGUUUCUGGUGCUAUUACAGCAAGAUGGACCCUUACCUGGUCAUGCCCGAGUAUGACCGCGAGGCGGCCGAGAUGGAGCUGGUCAACUCGCUGGGCUGGACCGUAGGUGCCCAGAUCGUGGGCAUUCUCAUCAUAGUCUUGCUGCAUUGCCCGUUUAUUGCAUUUUUCAAGAACUUACUCCGUCGACGAGCGAUCUUGCAGACAAACCGCCGCUCAAGGCGUAGGAUGAAACCAUAUAACAGAAAUUUGGGAGGUGUGGUCAACCACGGCGCCACCAACUCCAUGACCAGCCUUGUCUCCGCCUGGAAGGAGAAGGACAAGCCGAGGCAGCCCGUGUUCCAAAGGGAUUGGUAUGAGGUCCACACCUGAGGUCCGGCACCCUACGCCCACGCCCGUCCACCAGACUUCCUCGCCCUGUCCUACUCCUCCUCCUCCUCCUCCCUGAAGAAGGAGGGGGUUGGUUCGACAUCGAAAAGAUACGCUCGAUCCCCGCCGAAUCGUACCUUCGUGUCCUUGGUUCUUGAAGAGUCUGCCUGUGGGAGAGUAACUAGGUGAUUUUUCAAAAGAGAGUAAGAGGUUCCCCACUGGAACAAUGGCGCGGGAAAUAGGAAAGUGUCUGCAUUGAAUGGGACGUUGUUUCAGGUUCUGAAACGUCAUAGAAAGUUCUCAUUUUAUGAGAGAGAAACGGGUUAGAAGGUCAGCCCACACACCGGGCUGUCCUUAAGAGAUUUUAUCCUUAGUACCAGCUCACCAUUGAUUGAAUAAUCCACAAUAUGAAUAAUUAAUUAACUGGUCAAGAAAUUCCGUAACUGAAACUUGACAACGUUCCACGCACCCUCUGAAAUCGAAGGUAAUAGCCCCCUCCCUCCCUCUCCUGUAUUUGGGGUGGCGAGAGGAGGAGGAGCAGGAGGAGGAGGUGAGCCCAAUAUCGCGUUAGUGCACUUCGUGUUCAUUGAUCAGAGUACAGAGGGCAUAUAGCCUUCAGCCAUCACGCACUCUCCCGGUGGGAAAGUGGCUCUACGGCCGCCGUUCGUUAAGACCUCGAGAGAGGUCGAGGUGAGGAGGAGGAGGAGGAGGAGGACCAGGAGGAGGAGGAGGGCUUCUACGUUGUUGCAGAACGCGUGGCUGACCGACUCCGUUGAUUCACUUAUCUCCAGGCAACCGAGGCUUCGGAUAAACAACCCAAGGUUACUUUCCUGCUCAUUCCCCUGAGGGAAAGGGUCAGGUUCAGGUCAAGCGGGCCACUUACAAAGCAUUAUGGACGUAGUGACAAUGACCCUAAAGGGAAGUUUUUUUAUAAGGAGUUUGGUUAAAGACGUGUAAGAGACCCCAGUGUCGCCAUGGCUACUGGUUAAAUGUGUAUGGGUGCGUGUCUCCUCAGGAUGUCAGGGAACUGGCUGGGGGUGAACACACGCACGUACGUACACACACACAUACACACACACACACACACCUUCACGCUAAUUGUCCUUUGUAGCAGCCAAGGCAAAUGUGGAACUUGCCGAGUAUCCUUGAUGAAACGGUAUCCUUAAAGGUUUGUACUUGAUUAGAAUGCCCACCUGAGAAGAUCAAUAGCAAGGGAGAGAGAAACGUCCCUGUGCAUUGCUUUCCUACCCAACGUCUUGGCACCAAUCUCAAUACAGUCCUCACCUCCCCCUCCACCCCGGGGCCAUUUUUUUUAAUCCCCCACCCCCACCCCGCCCUCCCCUCGCCAUUUUCGAUCCAUUUGAUUUAUUUCCAAACUCGGCUGGUGCAAAGGACGGGCGACAUUUAUCAUUACUAUACUUCACUUGAGAUGCCAAAUGUAACUUUGUAUAUCAGAGAGAGAAACAACAUUUUUAUUUGACCUCCAUAAAUCUUGUACCUUAGAUUAGGAUUCCACUGUGAAUAGAAAUGUCAUCAUAACCGGUUCAGUUCUUUGUAAAGGAGAAGACGACGAAGAAGAAAAAAACGUCUGUUAAAUUUAUUUUACUCUUAGGUAUUUAAUAGCACGACUUUAACAUUGUGAUAUCAUGUUGUGAUAAGGCUGUAGAAGGAUGUUUUUAUAGAUACCACAAAACCUCAUGUAAAUAUGAAAUCAUUAUUUAAUAAAAAAAAAAAUAAAUAAAUAAACACACAUACACACACAGGCAAACUAGUCCAACUAGUACGGUAUACAAAAAUCAUUUCAUCUUAAUGAUAUACAAGUGAGUAAUUGUAGGACACAGGAAAAGCAUGUUUCUUCACUCCGUGUAUCUUUAUUGUUUCUUUCUGAACGAAAUGUACUGAUAUAUAUCAUUCAUCGAAAAGUAUUACUCUCAAACGAAGAGAAUCGAGCAGUUUUCACACGUUGUUGUCACAGUGCAAGAAAGUUGGGUUGUGCUUGCAACUCGUGUUGUUGCAGGUUGUAGUUCUGCUGUCUAUGUUUGUUGUAUGAGGUUCAGUUUUGUUUUUAUUUAAGGAUUUUGGGUAAAAAGAAAAAAAACAGAAUCUUAAGUGUUUUGCUUUUAUUUAAAGUGCGGGCCCAUUACUAUCGAUUAUAGGUACCAUGACCAUGAAAAAAAAAAGAAUAAUAUAGUAUAUGUACACACAUAUAUAUAUUUAUAAAUAUAUGCAUAUGUAUAAACAUAUAUAUAUAUUACAAGUUCCUUUUCCAUGCAACCUUUCUCCAAGUAUAACUGACCACUGCUUUACGUCCCGUGAUAAAGCCUUGGGAAGGGAUUACAAAUUGAUUGUGAUUUAGUGAUAAAACUGAUAAACAGACAGCUUUUUCGUGAAAGAACACACACUAUAGCUUUUAUUUACUUGCACACACACAUAUAAGUAUA